AUGCUUCAAUCUCCAUCUUUGGUUCAAAUUAUCAACAAAUCGAUUGCUUAUAAAAACCUUGGAGAUGCUCUUCUUCCAGUCAACAAUAAUGCUGAAUUCAUGAGCUCUUCAAAUGCUGUAACAGUUACAGUUUGUGGACAAAAUGAUGAUGAACCAGUUGCUUUUGGAUCAAUCGUAAGAUGCAGUGAAAGACAAGCAUACGUCAUGUUGGGUGAAGUUGCUGAAGAAUAUGCUGACAAAUCAGUUUGGGUUGAGAAAGUUGAGAAUGGAGAAAAAUUGCACCAUGUUUUCAAGGUAAGAUUCUCAAAUUAAAAUUCUUCCCCCCAGGUAAAUAUUUUUUUCUAGAUCACAAAAUCCGUCCCACUCAUCGAUUAUUCUGGAGAAACUCACUUCGAACAAACUUUCGGAAACAGAGAUGAAAAGUAACUUAAAAUCAAAAACUGAAUAUGAAAAUUGAAAUUUUAAAAUUUUUCAGACCAGUUCAUCUUCACGUUCUUGACAGUUUGAUUGACAACACAGUUGGAUUGGAAUCCUUAGAUGUUAUGAAGAAUGUUACUGUUGAUUUUGAAAAGUUAGUUUUUUAUAUCACUAUGACAAGAGCUUUCCAGGAAACUUAUUCAUAAACAAAUUUUUUUAGCAACUCGAACCUUGAUUCAUGGAGAGAUACUGUUGGAUUUGUUGUCAGCGACAAGUUCUGCUAUGAAAAAAUAACUGUAAACCGCUUUGAACUGUUAUCCUUGGCUGAUUCAGAGAGCAAUGUAGCAGUUGAAAAUGUCGAAAAACUUGAGACAAUUCUUGAUUAUGAUGGUGAAGUUUCAAUGUUCCAACGUGAUGAAUUUUUGACAACUUUGUACUCAACAAGCGGGGUAAGAAAUUGAAUUUUUUCCAAAAUUGAGACCGAUUUUCAGGAAAAAAAGUUUUUUUUCAGAUCUCUUGCAAAGUUGCUAGAAUUGAAGGAAAUGUGGUUGGUUAUAUUGCCAAUACUUCAAGCAAUAUUCUCCAAUGUUAUGGAGAAACUGAAGAAGUUCAAAGAGCUCUUUUUGCCGCCGCAGCUGAAACUAUGAAUCCACAAGUCACCCUCUAUGUUAGAAAAAAUGCCAACGCAACAAUCGAAAAGCUCUCGGAAAAUGCAUUGACUCAUUCAAACAUCACUCGUCUGAACACUCGUGUCGUAGUCAACACAAUUAAAUGGCCAAAAAUCGGAGCUUUGAACAUGGGACUUCAUAUGUUCUAA